CCUCCAGUCCACCCUGAAGUUGCAGAAAUCCUUCGGAAGUCUAAACCACAGAAGGUUGGAGAUAAAUGGCAUAAGCCCAAGAUCAGUGCUAGAAGAUUGGCAGAUUUGAGGAAACAAUAUAUAGCUAAAGGUUUUUACUGGCCUGAGAAACCCAUGGUGGAUAGGGGUCUGGACAGGAUGCCGAAAGGACAUAAGUACGAGAAAAGGAAGGAAGAAAGGUGUGUGAGAAUUUUGUCAUUUUACAUAUAAAGCCUGUAUUCCUGUCACUCCCGGAGCUUAUCAUCAAAACCUAUGGUGUAGUUCUCACUUUUGAAUCUGUACAAAACUAAGACAUGUGACCAUUCAAAUGAAACCUCUUCAGCAGUACCUUUUAGUUUCUAGCUUGGUGCCACUUGAGUGUUUUAUGCACUUUCAUUGUUUUGGCUUUAGAGUCUACGGGUGAAAUCCUAUGGUACACGUAUAACCAUUCAAAUGAAACUUCUUCGGUAGUUACUACUUUCAUGCGAUACUAUUUAUCUGUAAAGUAAAAAUUGAGACUUGUGGCCGUCUUAGGAGUGAAAAGUUCAGCCAGACUAUCCUCUACGCUAUUUUACCUUGGUGGUUUGACCCAAGUUUUCAUUCCAAACUUUAAAAACAGAUGGACUUAACGUAGCUGAACAUCAAAAGUAAAUUAGCUUCUUGCCAUUUGCCAUAAUUACUAUACCCUAACUUCCUUUAGCCUGCAUUUCAGGUGCUUUCUUUGGGUGUGCAAAUAACUGUCAUGUUAAAUUCAAAAAAAAGUAGUUUGGGCAAGUCAAAGAGAUGGUGUAAUCCUUCUUGGUGACAAAAUAAAAAAUGCAGCCACUCAUUAUCAACAUAAACAAGCAGCUCUCACCCACUCAAGAAUUAUGCCUGCAGGCUAAAGCUGCUUGGAAACUCUACCCCAGAUUCACAGAGGCUGGCAGUACCCCACACACCUAGUCUGUGCUUAGGCUUAAUUCUCGCUAUCCCCCGAGUGUGGUCUUUGAUGGUCCCCGAAGAGGCGAUGAGGGGAUUUCGGGGGGGGGGGGGGGGAGGGGGGGGUGGCUGUUUUUCUCUAAAGGGGGGGGGGGGACUUUGUGGGGUGGGGCUGUCCCCCCCUUGUNCCCCCCCCCCCCCCCUUCCAUUUUCCCUACCUAAUGCAGAGGCUCUAAUAUGGACCUUUGUGCUGACAACAUUUCAGGCUGGCGAAGAUUGAGGAGAACAUGAAGAACAUGCCGAAAAUUAUUGAGGAUUAUCGUAAAAGGAUGCAUGAGCUCAGGGCAAAACGAAAAGAAGAAAAAGAGCAAGCAAAACUCAAAGCACUUGAGGCACAAAGACUUGGACUUAACUUACGUGAUCCACGAGCUUUGCAGAUAUUAGGUGGACAGGAGAAGAAAUCUAAUAAGAAAAAGUUCCAAAAGAAGACGUGA